AUGAUGUGGCGUUCGCGAGCUCGAGCCCUGCUCCUACUCCGCUCGACCAUUCCCCGGUCACUGCCGCCUCCUCCACCACCAUAUGCCACUCGAACCCUAACCCAACUCCCACCUCCCCGCCCUCUCUCCCGCUUCCUCUCCUCCUCCCCAGAUCCCAUCCCCGAUGCCUCUUCCUCCGCCGCCGCGGAUCCCUUCCCUGAAGUCUUCUCUUCUCCGACCGAGGCUUCCCAAGAUGCCACUGAGGCCGGGGAGGACAACCUGAGCUCGAUGUGGGAGGAAGCUGGGGACGCCGACGAUAUCUUUGCCUCCCCCGGCAGCGCCGACGCCGUAGCCGACGAUGAGGAGGUCGCCCGCGUGUGCGCAGCCGUCGAGUCCACUCCCGAGGACAAGAUCGCGUCCACCCUCGCCGACAUGAUCGUGGACUUCAACGAGCCGCUCCUCGCCGCAGUCCUCCUUGCUGCCGAGCAAUGCUCCUGUAAGAAGCUGAUUUCCCUGUUCAACUAUGCCGCGAAGAAUAACCCCGCUGCCAAGAGCCUCUCGAAUCUUGAGAUUCUCGUGAGCAAGGUAGUUGAUUCUGAUGAGAUAGACAAGACAGACGCUUAUUUGCUUUGGGAUUCGAUUAAGGAAAUUGGCUCUGUGCCAGGAUCAGUGAGUACACCAUUGUUGAAUGAAAUGAUCGCUAUAUUUUGGAAGCUUGAGAAGUCGAAGGCAGCACUGGAGGUGUUUUUGAAGUUCGAUGAGUUUGGUUGUACUCCGGACAGUGACAGCUAUUAUCUUGUUAUUGAAGCGGCACAAAAGAAGUCCAUGUUCCGCUCUGCUUGUGAAGUUUGUGAGAAGAUGAUUGGCUCUGCCUGCUUCCCUAAUGGUGAGAAGGUUGGCAGGAUUUUGACUUACCUUUGUGAGGGGAAGAAGGUGAAGACGGCACACUCAUUAUACCUUGCAGUGAAAGAAAAAAAGAUUCAGAUCCCAAAGUCAGCCCUGGAUUUCCUUGUUGGUGCUUCGGCAAGGAAUGAUGAGACCAUUGGUACUGCUCUGGAGCUGCUGGAAGAGUACCAAGGGGAGUCGCUUAAGCAUGCAGGCAAGUCCUUUGCCACGGUUGUACAUGCUUUGUGUAGGGUAAACAAAAUGGAGGAUGCAAAUAAUUUGUUGACGAGGAUGGUGCAGCUUGAAGAGUACCAAGGGGAAUCUCUUAAGAAUGUAGGCAAGACAUUUGCCACAGUUAUACAUGGUUUGUGUAGGAAAAAGAAAUUGGAGGAUGCAAAAACAUUGUUGAUGAGGAUGGUAAAUGUUGGCCCAGCUCCAGGUAAUGCAGUGUUUAAUUUUGUCAUCACAGCAUUGUCAAAACAGGGAGAAAUGGAGGAUGCAAAAGGUUUGAUGAGAGUGAUGGAGAGCCAAGGGAUCAGUCCUGAUAUCUAUACUUACAGUGUGCUCAUGAGUGGCUACAUAAAAGGAGGCAUGAUCAGUGAAGCCCAUGAUCUACUUCGUGAAGCUAACAAAGUUCAUCCGAAGCUAAACAGGGUUGCUCAUCAUAUACUUAUCCGUGGAUACUGCAAGAUGGAGGACUUUGAGAAGGCCAUUGAGUGCCUAAAGGAGAUGAGGAAAGAUGGGUUGCUGCCAAAUGUGGAUGAGUAUGACAAACUUAUUCAGUCAUUGUGUCUCAAGGCUAUGGACUGGAGAAGAGCUGAGAAACUCCUGGAGGAAAUGGAGGAUAGUGGUUUAUGCCUAAGGGGUAUAAGUCGCAGCCUCAUAGCUGCAGUCAAGGAGUUGGAAGGAGAGGAAAUGCAGUCAAAGGCGAGCCAAGAAGCAUAG